AUGAAAGUGGAUGGAUACAAAGAAUUCAGACACAUUGAGGAUCAUGCUUCUUGGCUCGAGUCUAUUGAAUCAUAUUGUAUUGGCCUUUUGUAUGAAGAGGCCAAAAAAAAAUUACAAACAACAACCUUGGACAAAAAAAGAUGGCUAAAGAUAGAGAAUUGCAUAUUUAACAAAUUUGGAAAGAGGUAUAAAAUAGAUAAAUUGAAAUCAAAAUUCAAUCGAUUGAGAAAGGCACAUCAAGAAUAUUCUCAUCUUUUGCUACAUACUGGAAUGAGAUGGGAACCUAAAACUUGUACUGUUACAGCAACUGAUGAAGUUUGGGAUGCUUAUCUAAAGAAAUAUCCAAAUGCAAAGAGAUAUCGAAAAAAGGGAUUGCCACAUUAUGAUAUGCUUGGAGAAAUAUUUAAUAACACAACAGCCACUGGUGGGAUGAGUUACGCCUCCACUCAACCUCCGCCUACUUCAGUUGAGGAAUGCCAGCAAGAGCGUCACUUUAUUGGUAUUGGAGCACAUAUUGAUGUUGAUGUUUGGUAUUGAAUGUGAUGGUAAAAAUUUUGGAGAGGAAGAAGAAGUUAUUGGUAUACGUCGUCGAGCUACUUCUGCUCCACCUGAUGCACCCAGGCCAAAGGAGAAAAAGAACAAAGGGGCUAACUCUGCUAUGGAACAUGUGAUGGAGCAACUUGCAAAAAGUAUUGCUGCUAAAACUGAGGCAUCACUAGUACGAAGUGAGAGUAUGCGUAAGUAUAUUGAUUAAAGGGAAAAGAGAAUUAACGAAGAAGCUAACAAUAUCACUGGUUCGAUUAAUAUAGAAGAUUGUAAAAACAUUUUAGAUGGUCUUCCAGAUCUAGAUGACAAAAGGUACCUGAAAGCAUUGUGUGAGUUUGUUGCUUUCAAAUUAAACUGUUUUCAAAUUCAGUUAAACCAAUCACAUAUUCUAGGGGUGUUCGCGGUGCGGGUGGUGCAGUUUUCGACUAUUUUUUCAAACCAACCUGCACAUGCGGUUUUCCGCACCGCGAAACUAAAAAACCGCAAAACCCGCACCGCAAAAAAUGGUGCGGUGCGAUGCAGUUUUUGCGGUUUGGACUAUCACUAAAUAAUUAAAUUAUCACAAAUACAACAAAGCUUGAGCAAGACUUGUCAAAAAUACCAUAAGGCUUGAAAAUGAAUAUAUAAAAAAAAGUUUCAAGUUUUAACAAUACAAUAAUUAGUGGGCAUAGGUUGGGCCUUCACAUAUUGGACCUAAAUAAAUAUAAAAAUUGGUAUUUUUAUAAUAUGCGGUGCGGUUUGAACUGCAUAUUAACAAUUCAAAACCGCAAACCGCAAACCGCACCGCACCGCGCAGUUUAGGAAAAAUUUAAACCGCGACCGCACCGUAAAGAAUUUCAAACUGCAUUUUUUUGCGGUGUGGUGUGGUGCAAGCGGUUUGAGCGAUUUGAUGAACGACCCUAACAUAUUCUGAUACUGUUAUAUUUUCAAAUUCUGUACCAAUCACAGAUUUAAAAUUUAAAAAAUUUAAAAACAGUUUACAAAUGCUGAACCAAUCAUAUUUUCAUAAACAUAUUUUCAGUCACAAUUUUCAUAUUUUCAUUUCAGAAUCACAAUUUUUAAAAAUACAGUUUUCAAAUACUGAACCAAUCACCCCCUAAGUUUCUGCUCUACAGUGUGGUGAUUGUUAAAAUAAAAAAUUAGCCUCCUUUGCUUAAAAAAAAGGUAAACACAACUCUAAAAUAAAAAUUAUAUUUGGAACAUUUCUUAAUUUAUUUGUCGCACUAA